UUCGCCAUGGCUGGGAGUAACGAGGUCAACGCUAAUGAAUCGAAGAUGGCUGUGCCUUUGAACACAUGGGUGCUAAUCUCCAACUUUAAACUUGCUUACAACAUGCUUCGCCGUCCUGACGGUACCUUUAAUCGGCAUCUUGCCGAGUUCCUCGACCGGAAAGUCCAAGCUAAUGCCACCCCUGUCAAUGGUGUCCUCUCCUUUGAUCAACUUAUUGAUCGAUCCACCAAUCUCCUUGUUCGUAUUUACCGGCCGACCCCUAUCCCCGAUACUGAAGACCCUCAAACAUCCCCUUCCCCUGCAACCUCCUCCAUAUUCUCCAGCCUCAUUAGCUGUCCUUCUCCGGACCCGUUCCCUGUAAUCAUAUUCUUUCACGGUGGCAGUUUCGCUCACUCAUCUGCCAACACUGCUAUCUAUGAUUCACUCUGUCGACGUUUUGUCACUCUUUGCAAUGCGGUCGUUGUCUCUGUCAAUUACCGUCGCUCACCUGAGUAUAGAUACCCUUGUGCGUAUGACGAUGGUUUUACUGCACUUAAGUGGGCUUGUGCUCAACCUUGGCUUCACUCCGGCAAGGAUUCAAAGCUCAGGGUUUUCCUGUCUGGGGAUAGCUCCGGUGGAAACAUUGCACAUCAUGUUGCUGUACAGGCCAUUGAGUCUGGCAUUACUAUCUCCGGCAACAUUCUUCUCAACCCGAUGUUCGGUGGACAGGCUCGAACAGAGUCAGAGGAGAGACUAGAUGGGAAAUACUUCGUCACACUGCAAGACCGGGAUUGGUAUUGGAAAGCAUUCCUUCCCGAAGGGGCAGAUCGAGACCACCCGGCCAGCAAUCCAUUUGGCCCCAAUGGUAUUGAUCUCAGAGGGCUUCCCUACCCAAAAAGCCUUGUUGUCAUUGCUGGUUUGGAUCUCAUUCAGGACUGGCAACUAGCCUUUGUCGAAGGGCUGAAGAAAGCCGAUCAAGAUGUGAAGCUCGUCUAUCGCGAGCAAGCCACCAUCGGCUUCUACUUACUGCCCAACACUGACCAUUUUCAUGAAGUCAUGGAGGAGAUCAAGUGCUUUGUGAGUUCAAACUGUUGAUAAAACACAGAACUCUUCGCCAUUUCAUACUCACACACAUAUAUAUCUCUAUAUAUAUCUAUAUAUAUUUAUAUAUAAUACAUAUAGACAUAGAUAUCGGUAGCUCGACAUCUUGCCGCUGUUGCUGCUGCUAUUUCUGCUGCUCUAGCCUGGAAAACUUUGUGCAAAACCAAAGCUCCAUAUCUUGACACAACCGGUUGCUUUUUACUGCACAUUGUUUGUUUUUCGAUUUGAAUUUGAAUUGAAUCGAAUUGAAUCCAUGCAUGACUCGAGUCUGUUGUCGUAGAAGCAGCCGAGUUUCUGCUUCAUUUCUACUGACAAGUUACUCCAGGUGAUAUAAUCUGAUGAUCCUGUCUCCUGGCUAAUGUUUGUAAUAGCUCUAAUUACAGCAACAUGGCAAACAACCAUGAUGUAUUUUGUUGUGAACUAUAUAAUAUAUAUAUCUACAUAAUGUUGUAACACUUGUUUGAAUUUCUUAGUAAUGAACAUAAGAAGGUUUUCCCUUUUGUUUUGAA